UAAGUCCGACGAAGAAGAAGGAAAAGAAGUCAAAGAAGAAGAAGACGAAGAGCGACCACGGGAAUAACGGUUUGACGCAGUUCGCUGGCGUGAAUUAGGUUAAACCGUGAAGCAAUGGUUAACCGUCACCACUUCAACGGACUUUGGAUACUGCCGUCAACGCCGGCGUACAAGGUCUGCGACUUGAACGCGGAGUCCAGGUAUUAGUGAGGUGUAACUGCUCCUAGCUAGCGAGCUAACCCCCUCCACCGGGUUUUUAUUUCGUUCAGAGGAACGCAACCGCCACCGAGCUCCACUUCUCCUUAAGCUCACUCCGAAGAACAUGAACUCUACUUUUACGACUAAGCGUCGUUGUGCGUUUUUAACAUAACAAAAUCUUACGUUCAUUUUAAAGUCAUGGCGAACGACUUUGUUGAGAAGUUUGUUCGGCUGUGUAAUCAUCUCCAACACCCGCGCCAUGUAGCCAGGUUCCAGUACGUUUGCGGCGUUAAAGGGACAUUUCCGGUUAAACCGACCGAGUCUGACGGCGGAGACUCGGAGACGGAGCGUCCCGGGCUGAGGAAGAGGGUCCAACAGGGAGGACCGGGCUCGGACGUUCCCGCGGGAAACGGGGCGACCGGGGACGCGACCUCCCCGCAGGUUAACUGGUCGCAAGGCGACGUUACCCCCGACGGUUCCUCGGCAGCGGCUGCUGCUGACGUCGAGCCGGUCACCACCAGAGCGAAGCCUCUCCGGAGGAACUCCCUGACCGGAGAUGUGGGUCAAGAGUUCCUCAUCCAAAACAAGUUUCUGUUCUACCUGUUCACGUUCGGCACCGAGCUGGGCAACGAGAUGUUCUUCAUCGCCUUCUUCCCCUUCCUCUUCUGGAACAUCGACGCCCUGGUCAGCCGGAGACUCAUCGUGGUCUGGGCCUGGAACCUGUUUGUGGGACAGUCCACCAAGGACAUGGUCCGCUGGUCCCGGCCGGCCUCUCCCCCCGUCGUGAAGGUGGAGGUCUUCUACAACUCCGAGUACAGCAUGCCGUCCACACACGCGAUGACGGGGACGGCCAUACCCUUCUGUCUCUUCAUGCUGACCUAUGAGCGGUGGCAGUAUUCCUUCCUCUUUGGCUUUUGUGUGGCUCUCAGCUGGAGUGUCCUGGUGUGUGUGAGCCGAAUCUACAUGGGGAUGCAUUCCGUUCUGGAGGUAAUAACUGGCUUCCUCUACAGCCUUCUUAUCCUAGCCUUUUUCCAGCCAAUUUUGGGCAAGAUCGACAACUUCUACAUGACGGACCCCUUCGCUCCCCUCGUGAUUAUCGUGUCCCACGUGAGCUUCGGACUCGUGGCUUUCUCUCUGGAUUCCUGGAGCACCUCUCGGGGGGACACGGCUCAGGCCCUGGGCACCGGGGUAGGCGCUGCCAUCGGCACCCACGUUAACCAUCAGCUGGGGCUGCUGCUGGAUCCGCCACUGUCCUCACUUCCCCUAACUUUACCACCAAUCACAGCGGGCUUGGUGGUUCUCGCUCUGCUGCGCUUCUUCAUCGGAGUCGCUGUCAUCCUCGUCACGAGAAUGGUUAUGAAAGCAGUGACUAUUCCGUUCUUGUGUCGAGUGUUCGGGCUGCCUUCAGAUGAUGUAAGGCAAGCGAGGCAGCACAUGAAAGUAGAGCUGCCGUACCGUUACAUCGUCUACAGCGUUGUUGGUUUCAGUUGCGUCUGUGUGGUGCCUCUCAUUUUUAGGAUCUUAAACCUUGUCUGAGUGUUUUGCGUGUGUAUGCAAGCUGUAUCUGUUGCUGCUGACCUGUUCACCUCGUGUUGAAGGCAAAGGGCACUUGGAAACACGCUUCUGCUUUUGACACAUGAUAAAUCCAUGUUUCUGCACAACAGAAACUAAUGUAAUGAAUACAUUUGGUGAUAUUAUUCCUCUUUGCUAUUGAGUUCCAUUGUUGUCUAGAAAAUAUCAAAAAGACACCAAUAAGGUACAAUGUUCCUUCAUUAUGAUGAGCAUGAGCUCAGUAGUUUAUAAUGAGUUGAUCCCACACAGACCAGAAGAAGUAGGAAAGUUUUGGUGCCUCAAAUCAAUUUUGGUUUUUGCCUGUUUCAAUGGGUUUAUUGACAAUGAUAAUAUGGAACAUUAUCAGCCUUAUCCCUUUAAUAUAUCAUUUAAUACCUAGUGGUAAUAGGAGCUUUGCAAAUAGGAAAUCUAUCAAAUGUACCAUUAUGAUGCAAAAAUGAGGAAUACAUUGUUGAUUUGUUUUCAUUAAUUUGAAGAACAUUGUCAGAGCUUGACAUUCUCCAAAAACAAACACCUAACCAUGAACAUUUAUUAAGUCACAUCACAUCUUAGUUGUCGCCAUUGAUGAAUAGUCAACCAGGUGCACGUUCACGUGUGUUGGGGUUGGAUCCACAAUUGCCAUUUCUUUAAAAAAAAACUGGAGAAACCUGUGUUUUGUAUUGUAUUUUUUUCUUGCAUUAUCAUAGCCACUAUUAUCUAUAUCAUUACCUCGCUUUUGUACAUAUUUUGUGCUUGUUUAAAAAAUCCAUUUGUAUUUUGCGUCAAGUGUAAUUUGAAAGCUUAAAAUUAAUAUAGCCUAUUUUUGAUAAAGUGUUUUGCCAUUGUAACUAAUGUCCUGAAUUGUUGCUAAAGAAUAAAAUCUAAAACAAUAUUGUUUCUUGAUUUCAAGAAUCGUGGUUAGGUGGCUUUUCAGGUGGCCUUCCUUACUACAGUAUAUAAAACAUUGACCCUAGUCUGAAAGUUGUAAUUUCUUCUGAUUUACUGUUGCAAUGUCCAAAUAAUGAUUUGCUUUAAUAUUUAUGUCAGAAUUGUAUUGCCUGAACAUUAUACUGAGUACUUAUCAGUAUGUACAGGUCUAGUGUUACCAACCAUUUCUGUUAUGUAAGGAUUGUAUUCUCGUGAAAAAAAUAUGGGAACAAGAAU